GGCCCGCCCCGCCCUCUCGCUGCCCGCAGACGCAGUUGCGCCGAGCGUGUUGAAGAGACGGAGGUGGAGGAAAAAUGGCGGCCAUCGUGGCGUCUGCGUCGGCUUUGGAGAGCGGGCCCAAAAUGGCGGAACACGGUGGAGGGAUGGCGCCGAACGGGGCUGGCAACGGAGACCUGCCCAAGAGCGACGCAGAGCGCCCGCACCCGAGCGAGAGGCGGAAGGAGAAGAGUGCCAAGCGUGGAGGGGGCGGGGGCCGCUUUGAGCCCUACAUGAACCCUUCCAAGCGGUACCGGGCCUUCAUCACCAACAUCCCCUUUGACGUGAAGUGGCAGUACCUCAAGGACCUGGUCAAGGAGAAAGUUGGUGAGGUAACAUACGUGGAGCUCUUAAUGGACGCAGAAGGAAAGUCAAGGGUAAGUCUUUUGAGAGCAUUUCUUCUGUGGAUGUGCUGUAUUUCAUCGCGUAAUAGUUGCCUGCCUCAUCAGAGUCGCACCUCACCCCUUUUUGGGGUGCCUGAAAAUGGGUUCUUUUGUGUUCCUUGCAUAAUAGUCUCACCCCCAUUUGGAGCCAAUUUUCCCUUCCUACCUUUUUUUUCCAAAGGCAGUUUUAAAACUAUUAAAAUUGAGGUCUCUGGAUCUCCACUCCUCUCCUUUCUCCUUCCUUUUUUCUCUGAAAUCAGCUCAGUUUUAAAACUGAAGGCCUCUGGAGCACCAUUCUUCUUUCCUCUCUCCUUCCUUCUUUCUUCGAAAGUACCAUAGUUUAAGAACUAUAAA